AGAGGGGGGAGAAAAAGGAGAAAAAGAUCCGAGAGGAAUCCCCCCCACCCCACCCCAGCCGCGGCGCGGGACUGGCAGCAUGAGAUCCAAAGGCAGGGCAAGGAAACUGGCCACAAGUGAUGAAUGUUUAUAUGAAAGCUUCCCUGAAGUUCCUUUGGAGGAAAUGUCAGAGGCUGACGGAGAGGCUAGUAAACUGUCCCUCAGUGUCCAAGAGCCAUCUUCUCCAGCAACAUCCAGUGAAGCAUUCACACCAAAGGAGGGGUCUCCUUACAAGGCUCCCAUAUACAUUCCCGAUAAUAUUCCCGUUCCUUCAGAGUUUGAGCUCCGAGAGUCAAAUGUUCCUGGAGCAGGAUUAGGAAUAUGGACCAAAAGGAAGAUUGAAGUAGGUGAAAAAUUUGGGCCAUACGUAGGAGAGCAGCAGUCAAAUCUGAAAGAUCCCAUUUACGGUUGGGAGCAGGUCUUCUUUCUAUAGUAAAGGAACUGUGAAUUGAAAGCUAUGACACUCAAGCGGCCACUGAAGUGG